AGCAGUUGUAGUUUCAGCACUUCCGCUCACUCUGUGUGAAAUACACGAUCUUUGACACCCGCCCUCCUCGCGCUCGUUUUUAAAACGUCACAGCAGACCGGAUGUUGUUGUUAACGUGUUCACGAGCUCGCUGUUUUUUUAUUUUUAAUGUUUUUAUACGAUGCCGAACAAACUCAAACUGAAGAAGAAGAAGUGUGAAGAUGCUUCGUGUCUGAUCGGAGAUCAGCCGAGAAACACCGAGCUCAGCCCGGAGCUCGUCCCCGCUGCAGGUUUCUCUGACACUAAAGACGUUAAACUUGCUCCGGUUUUCUUACGUGCAGCUCAGCACGGUGAGAGGAAGCUGCGGAGACCGGUGCUCCGUCCGCAGCAGCAGCCGGCAGAGAGGUGCGGAGGACGGUCACCAGCCUCAGCUCUGCACGGCUGCCUGGAAGAAAUCCAGACCACAUCCAACCCCGAGUUUCCUGUCCGAGCUGUGCUCAACACUCUGCAGGAGAAAGCCAGUCUGCAGGAGGGUCCAUCCUCAGCAGAAAACUCCCUGAAUCGAAGCUCCCACCUCCAGAAGGAGAAGAGGAAGCGGGGAAAUGAAAGCUCUGAGACGGUCUCCAAACGUCCGAGGUCUGAGGGAGCUGUCGGUACGGGUCAGUGUCACAUAUCAACCCAGGCUGUGGAGGAAAGUAUCGACCUGACGGCUGAGAGACGCAACAAACUGAGUCGCACUCGCAGACUGAGGCAGCAAAGUGAGAGUGAGAAGCUGAAAACUUCAGGUUCUCUCCAAAGAGAUUCAAGUUUGGAGGAUGUUCUCUGGACGGACAAAUACAGCCCUCAACAUUCAAGUGAAGUCGUCGGGAACUCGGCCUCUGUGAACAAACUGCAGAGUUGGUUGAAGAAAUGGAAAGACAGAGCUGACAGUGAUGAUCAAAGACAAAUGGAGGAAAGGAAACAGGAGGAAAACAGCAGCGACUCAUGGGACUGUGGAGACUUCCAGGGUGAGGCUGGGCCACAGGACGACAGAGAGGAGCCGCUGUGCAACACCGUGCUGCUCACGGGACCUCCAGGUGUGGGCAAGACCGCCGCGGUGUACGCCUGCUCGCAGGAGCUCGGCUUCAAGGUGUUCGAGGUGAACUGCUCGUCACUGCGGUGCGGCCGUCAUGUUCUGUCCCAGCUGAAGGAGGCGACCCAGUCCCACCUAGUGGAGAUGCCGGGCAGAGACCCGCUGAGACCAGCCUACUUCAACAACUACAACGUGAAAAGCUCGGCCGCUAAAUCUGAGACUUUACCUGGACAAACUGUCACCGCCACCUCAAAGAAGAGAGCGGCACAGAACUUUGGACGCCCCGGUCGCAAAGGAAAAGCUCGUCCAGCCACAGUCACUUUGGCCAACUACUUUAAGACCAAGGCCAAAGCGGAUCAGUUCCACUUCGGUGCCCCGUCGCCAUCUGAAAAACCAGACGGCAAGACAUGGAGCAGGACGCCGCAGAGCAAAAAGACAGCCACAUCACUCAUUCUGUUUGAAGAGGUUGAUGUCAUCUUUGAUGAGGACGUUGGUUUCCUCGCAGCCAUCAAGACUUUCAUGACAACCACCAAAAGGCCGGUCGUCCUGACCACCAAUGAUCCAUCGUUCAGAGAGAGAUUCAGCUGCAGCCUGGAGGAAAUUAUCUUCAAACCUCCGUCAGCUGUGGAUGUCUGCACCUACCUGCAGCUGGUGGCUUUGGCUGAGAAUGUGCGACUGGAGCUGGAUGACGUCCGCGGCCUCCUCAGGCUGUCCGGAGGUGACGUCAGACGCUGUCUGCUGCAGCUGCAGCUCUGGGUGCAUAGCGGUGGAGGACAGAACUCGAGUGUUACCGACACAGGAGAGCGUGCAGACCUCCAGCUUCCAGGCUGCACUGCCUGCAUGCUCGGCCUCCACUCUGCGACCCAAGACCAGCUGAAGAAGCUACUGAAGUGUCAGUUCUGGUCUGAAACGGACACGAUCGACCUCCUGAGGCUGCUGGUUGAGAGCUGGAGACGAGGCGUGCCUCUUCUGUACUCCAACCUGGAGCUCCUUCUACCCAUCGGGGCCAAGGGCACUUCAGUCCACCACCUGGACAAGGGGACUUGUUCUGGGCUACAGAGUGAGCCAAGUCCAAAGGUGUCAGUCGACGACAGUAAACCUGUUAGGAAAGUCUCCAGGCUCAGCAGGAGGAGACAUAUCACAACGUUUGACACCUCGACCUCAAGCUCGAGAGACAAGACUGAACGAAACGCAGCCAAAGUGUCAUCCGACUGUUUGGACGCCUUGACCGACUCAUGUCGUACCUCGAUGCCACGAUGCCGCCUGCAGAGCCGCUUGUUUCAGGCUCGUGCAGACCUGAGGCGUUCGCUUGGACAGGAGCGGAGAUAAAGGACGGCUUGUUGGAUGAGAUGAGUGAGGAGGAGGAGAAGGGCGGCAGCCAGGACAGGCUGCUGGAUAUUCAGGCUGCUGUUGAGGGUUUGGGGUGUCACAGGUGCCUGUGGCGAGUAUCCGAAGCGUGGACUGACGCCCAGAAAUACAGACAGGACCUGGGAGAUGCAAGGUGGGGGAGGCUGGUGGAGAGACUGACGUCACCUGCGUCUUCCAAAACACAGAGCCUCAGCUUUAGCCUCCAACCUCUGUGUGCACCAAGUCUCCGUCAUGUCUGUGCCCUCCAGCCUGUCCCAAAGGAGGUUCGAGCUGAGCAGGUCGGUGCUCAGCAGUGAUUCCUUCAGCCUGCUGGGGAACAGACGAGCCGUCGCUGUCGACUACAUGCCGGUCCUCCGUUAUGUCUGUCGCUCCCAGAGACAGCGACGACAGAAAGAGGAGCCGGCGAGGAGUCUGAACUACCUCAGCAGCUUCUCAAAGUCGACACUGAGACUUCUGGCAGAAGAUUUCUCAUAGAGUAAAAGAUGGUAGAACCUCCACCCUCACUACGUCACUGUACUGCGCUCAGUGUUUACUUGGCUGGUCGGUCGGUCCACAAAAACUUUGCAACGCUUUGGCGGCCACCCUAAAAGACUGAAAUUCUGUGUGUGUGUGUGUGU